UCAGUCUUGCACAGGUGUACCGCCUCCUCCCCCUCAGUCUCGCACAGGUGUACCGGCUCCUCCCCCUCAGUCUCGCACAGGUGUACCGGCUCCUCCCCCUCAGUCUCGCACAGGUGCACCGGCUCCUCCCCCUCAGUCUCGCACAGGUGCACCGGCUCCUCCCCUUCAGUCUCGCACAGGUGCACCGGCUCCUCCCCUUCAGUCUCGCACAGGUGCAUCGGCUCCUCCCCUUCAGUCUCGCACAGGUGUACCGGCUCCUCCCCCUCAGUCUCGCACAGCCUGACUGUCCCUGGCCCCUUUCAUUCAUUGGAUUUCAGUUCUUUCAGUCUGGAAGGCUCAGCACCAUACAUGAGCGUUAACUUAAGUCGCCUGUAUGCUACCUAGGAACACCCACCCCUCCAGACUGAUACCC